AUGUUUACUAGAGCGUACAGUUAUUUGGUGGCAAAGCAUGAAAAAACGUUCGUCUGCCUCAACAGGGGAGUGUCCAUUCCGUUGAGUAUUCCAGUGGAGAGUUUGACUGGAUGCCUUGUUAAAUGCUUGGUAGUAGCGAUAACUGAUGGUGAAUUACGAGGAGUGAGUUACAUGCAGUCCAGCAGAUCCUGCACAUGCCUCCAGAAAUCAAACCUAACCUACCAAGUUACGGCCGUUGGUUCAAUGACUGCAGCUGAUUGCAGGAGUUAUGUUAUUCACGAGUGCCCGGCAAAUUUUGAUUACGUGAUAGAGUACCACAAGUGCUACAAAAUGCAGUUUAAGAGGAAAACCUGGCAGGAUGGCAGAACCUCCUGUAACGCUAUCUCGUCGUCACACCCCGCCAUCUUUGAGGAUGAUGUCGAAUACAACAUUGCCUUUAAUUAUGUCAACCACACAACUCCAGCUGGCAAACUUUGUCCGGGGAUAUAUUUUCCAAAUUCUUUCACCUUUUUCAUUGGUGGGUAUAGAACCUACUUCAAUGGAACCAGAACUCCCUUUUAUUGGUCUCCCUACCCUGGAGUCUACCACCCCAUGCAAGCGACAAAGGCGUGGCACAAGGGUGAGCCAGGUACUCCGGACAAUGGUAAGGAUUGUUGCGUGCAGAUGUUCCUAACGGUGUACACUGGCUUGGAUGACGAACACUGUUUCUAUACUCUCUGCAUGCUGUGUGAAGUUGAUCUGCAAAACUGA